AACGUAACUAAAAAUUGUGCAAAGUACACUUUGCAUAUGUAUGAUUUCAGUGCACAUUUAAUGGAAGUUGAGGAACAUGAAUCAUUUCGAGCGUACGGACAAUUCUAGUGCCAGCAGUGGCAACAGCACCAACGAUGGCAAUGCGGAUUUGAAUGUGAACCAACGUUAUCGCCAUGCUGGCGACCUGACUGGCGAAGCGCCAACGAGAUCGUUCUCGGAAAUCACGAUUAAGGUACCCUGGGGCCACAUAGCCGGUAAAUGGUAUGGUCCACAAAAUGUGCAGCCAAUAUUGGGAUUGCAUGGCUGGCAAGAUAAUGCGGGCACAUACGAUUUGUUGGUGCCACUGCUAUCACCGGAUGUUGCCUUCCUUUCGGUUGAUUUGCCCGGUCAUGGACUGUCUUCCCGUUUGCCGGAUGGUUGCUAUUAUAAUUCAGUGGAUAAUCUGUAUGUGAUAAGGCUUAUCAUGAAGCAGUAUAAAUGGGCAAAGGUGUCUCUCGUCGGUCAUUCGAUGUCUUCGAUAAUUUGUUUUGUGUUUGCCGCUGUCUUUCCCGAUAAGGUUGACAUGAUCAUUGGCAUUGAUGCGUUGAAACCACAUCAGCGCCCAUAUCCAUCGGUCAUCCGCACCAUGGAGACGCGAUUGGAUGAGUUUCUGCGCGAGGACGAACGCAAUCGUAGCAAAAACGAACCGCCCAGCUACACAUACGAUGAGCUGAUCGAGCGCGUCUAUCUGGGCACCUUCCACUCGGUGAACAAGGAGCACUGCAAGCAUAUGCUUGCUCGCAACAUUCAAAAGUCGGACAAGUAUCCGAAUAAAUACUUCUUCUGUCGCGAUCGCCGAUUGAAGUUUUACAACUAUGCGAUUGGGUCGCAAGAGCUGUGUGUAGAAAUGGCCAAGCGCAUAACGUGUCCCUAUCUGUUCAUCAAGGGCUUGCAGUCGUCCUAUUUCGAGGACAAGAAAUACUACGAUGAGGUUCUGGAGGUGCUAAAUAAGAAACCGAAUUUCGAGUAUCAAGAGACUAAUGGAACGCAUCAUCUGCACAUGAAUAAUCCGGAGACCAUAAUUGGUCCAAUCAACAACUUUAUACAACGGUUUGGGCCAGCUGCCGCUGCUGCGGCGCGUAAGAAGGCCAAGGAAGCUGCUGAGAGCAAGCUUUAGAGGGCUUAGUCCAAUCACAACAAUAUCUAUCAACGAGAAACAUUCAGUAUAAGCCUGGGUUAAAUGGGACCAAUUUAUUGUUACAUAAACGAUUCUGCGUGUUCA